CGGGCAUCCAACCCACCCCUCCUCCCCUCCCAAGCUUGGAGGAUCUGGCAUUCGAGCCAGGUCCCUCCCUCCUCCGGGCCUACUUGCGGAGCAGAGGAAGAAAACAGAGAGGGGUUCGGCAGCAGCAGAGGCUCAGGGCCCCUGAUGGGGGAGGGCGGGGUGCCCACUGCCGUCCAGCUGCUGCUCCGCGCUUGCGACCAAGGCGACUGCGAGAGCGCCCGAAGUUUGCUGCUGGGACCCCCGCCGGCUGCCGGGGCCGGAGAAGAGGCGUCGGCGGCAGCGGAGCCCUGCAGCUGCGUGCCUGCCGAGGUUGGGGGCACUGCAGACGUCCCUCCCGGCUCGGUGCCCGUGGACUGCACGGACGAGGCGGGCAACACUGGGCUGCAGUUCGCGGCGGCCGGCGGCCACGAGGAGCUGGUGGGCUUCCUGUUGAGGCGGGGGGCCUCGGUGCAGAGCCGGAACCACUGUGGCUGGAGCCCACUCAUGCAAGCGGCCAGGUUUGGACAUCUAACUGUGUCUCACAUCUUGCUAGAAAAUGGUGCUGACCUUAAUGCACAGAAUAAACUGGGAGCCAGUGUACUUACCAUGGCCUCUAGGGGAGGCCAUAUCAGUGUGGUUAAGUUGUUGCUGGAAUCUGGAGCUUACGUUGACAAUUAUGACCAUCUAAGUACCUGCUUGGACAACAGUAAAGAGGAACUACCAGUUAUCACCCCCCUCAUGGCGGCUGUCCAGCAGGGCCAUGAAGCAGUUGUUCAUCUUCUGUUGGACUGGGGAGCUGAUUGUAAUUACAUUGUGAAGACCAUGGGUUGGACUCCCCUCAUGUUAGCGGCUGUGAGUGGAAGAGUGAGUUUGGCACAACAGCUUAUGAACAAAGGAGCCAAUCCUGAUCAACUGAAUGUGCUACAUAAAACACCAUAUGAAAUUGCUGUUGACUUCAAACAUGAAGACAUGAAGGAUUAUCUGGAGCCUUUAACAACAGUUAGACCUCAGACAGAUAAACAGAAGAGGCAACCCGAUAUCUUCCAUGCUUUGAAAAUGGGGAACUUUCAGUUGGUCAAAGAAAUUACCGAUGAAGAUCCAGCACAAGCCAAUGUCACGAAUGAUGAUGGUGCUUCCCCACUGAUGAUUGCAGCUGUUACUGGACAGUUGUCCCUUGUACAGCUCCUUGUUUCAAGAAAUGCCAAUAUUGACAAACAAGAUAAUGUCCAUGGCUGGACAGCACUAAUGCAGGCCACAUAUCAUGGAAAUAAAGAAGUUGUUAAGUAUUUAUUAAAUCAAGGAGCUGAUGUGAAUCUCCGUGCUAAAAAUGGAUAUACAGCCUUUGACCUGAUAAUGCUUCUGAAUGAUCCAGAUGCAGAACUUGUGCGGUUGCUAGCAUCAGCCUGCAUGCAAGUAGACAAAGAAAAGGGUAAGCAGAACAGCAAAGCAACUGCACCCUCUUCCAUAAAUAAGCAAUCUUCAGAUGUCCCCAUGUUGCCAGAUGACAAGGGAGGAUUAAAGUCAUGGUGGAGCAGAAUGUCUAAUAGAUUUCGUAAACUGAAGUUGACCCAAACUUUAAAUCAUGGAUUCUCCAUCAAUCCAGCUAUGUCUUUUCCAGAAGAGUCAAAAUCACCAUUUGAUUGUACAAUGAAAGCUACUUUACAAAGUGAUAUCCCUGGAAAUCACGAUGUCACAAUAGCUUGGGCAACAAAGAGCAAGGCUAAUGGUAUAGGCACCACAAAGGCAGGAAAGGAUGAUGAAUUAUUGACAACAGUGUUAAGAAGUGGAGCUCCAUUUACAAGACUGCCUAAUGACAAACUGAAAGCUGUGAUUCCACCUUUCCUGCCUCCUUCACGUUUUGAGCUGUGGAAUUCUGACAGGAUACAAACAAACCAAGAUGGCAGCAGAGAGCAAACGAGACUAGGCCUUCCACACAGAUCUACCAGUCAUGACAGUAAUGGCAGUGGAAGUUCAGAUAAAGCAUCGUUAAGUAGAGGUACUAGACCCAUUAAAUUGUCAACCUUUGCAAGAAGACCUCCUACUCCUUCGAGUUCAAACAAUUUCAACCAUUCCCCCCAUUCUUCUGGUGGAGCCAAUAGCAUUGCAGGAGUUAACAGGCAUGGUGGAGAAAUGCAUAAUAAAUCAGGUGGCAGCGCAGAUAGUGUUUUGUCUCAAAUUGCAGCUCAAAGGAAAAAGGCAGCUGGUAUCCCUGAGCAGAAACCCAACCAACAGCAAACUCCAGUAGGCUCAGCUCCAUCCUCUCUUCCAGAGAUGGAAAGUACACCAGCCAUUGGCAAUGGACACAUUCUAAAGAAGUUGGAUGUGAACAAAAAGCCUCCGUCUGAGAACUCUUCAACUUCUAAAAGCACAUCUCCGACUCUCACGCCAUCUCCUUCACCAUCCCCAUCGCCCAAGGUUCAAAGUGCAGAGUCCUCUCUUUCCUCCUCUCACAGGCAAGGAAAAAGUAGUGGUGGCUCCAGCAGCGGAACUCUGACCGAUGAAGAUGAACUCACAGGUAUCCUUAAAAAACUCUCACUUGAGAAGUAUCAGCCUAUUUUUGAAGAACAAGAGGUGGACAUGGAAGCUUUCCUCACUCUUACGGAUGGUGAUUUAAAGGAACUGGGAAUCAAAACUGAUGGCUCUAGACAACAAAUUCUGGCAGCUAUUUCUGAACUGAAUGCAGGAAAGGGACGAGAGAGAAAAAUUUUACAGGAGACCAUACACAACUUCCACUCUUCCUUCGAAAGCAGCGUUAGCAAUACCAGCCCUGGAAAACUUCAGUCUGGAUGCUGGGCAAGACCACAGGAACCUUCUCCUACCAAGAGGUAGGUUUUGAACCAAGAUGUCCUAGUGUUCUGAAUUGUGGAGCAGAGAUUAUUGAAUCCAAGUAUCCUGAAGAAAAGGCAUGAAGCAACCCACUACAGAAAGUACAGGAAAGAGGCUGUAUAAACAAUGUCAUGUCCUUCAUUCUGCAAAGAAAACUUGGUUUUAAUGAAGCUGUUCAAAGAGCUGAAUUUAAUUACACAUUUAGAUAGUUUGUCGGUUUGGAGACUGUGGAACACAGUCUAGAGUGAACUAUAAUCAAAGUGCAAGCAAAAUUUCCUAGGAGUCAGAAAUGAAGAUCUCAUUGGACCUGUGCUGGCACAGGCCGGAAGCACUGCAUUGAGGAAGAAGGCACAGUAGUUUGCAGCUUAUUGAAGUCUAUGCAUAGUUAACCUGUGAAUGGACUAUGCAUAUCAUGAUGAAGAAACAAAUGAAGGAAUAUAUUAAAAACAACAAUAACCUCAGUGGUUUUGUGAGAAUGAGGCAAGUGCACUGAGGCAUAUUAUCAUGCUGCUGAAUUGUUCCUAAAGUAUAUUGUACAUUAUGUAGCAAAUACAAUUUGUAUUGAUGAUGGCAAUGUUCAAAUAAGAUUUUUCUAAUUAAAGAAAACAUCAUUUGUAACCAG